AUGGUACUCAAUCCCACUUAUCUAGCGCAGCGGACGCGGUCCUCUAUCAACUGGCAAGAUGCGAGACGGAGAGUUUUGAAAUCAUAUCGAGAGUGGUUACGAGCGUCGCCUGAGAUCCAAAACAUGUAUUCCCUCAAUCUCCCCGUCUCUGCUAUCCGCACAAAGAUCCGCCAGGAGUUUGAACGUCAUCGAUACGUGAACCAAUUACCAGUUGUGGAUGUAUUGGUAGCCAAGAGCAAUUCUGAGUACCAGGAAACACUCAACUAUUGGAAGCAACUCUCACAUGUGAUGAAAUACUUCCGCGUCGAAGAAGACCCCACUGCAAAGCUGCCGAAGAACUUUAUGUCUGGCUUCCUGGAGGAAAAUCAACAAAAAUCGAUAAAGUGA